GCCCGCCGCCCGCCGCCCGCCGCCCGCCGCCCGCCCGCCCUCCUCAGCGCCCGAGCCGCGGUCCGAGCUGCCGCCGCGCGUCGGCCAUGCCCCGCUACGAGCUGGCCUUGAUCCUGAAAGUCAUGCAGCGGGGUUGGUACAGUAGGCUUCACUAGACUUAGCUGCAACUCAGAGUCUCUCCUCCCGCACCCGAGCAAAUGCUGACGGUCUUGUGAGAGUGGAUUAAGAGUACGCGCUAAGUUCUCAAUCCCCAUUACGAAGCGGAGGACAAUUAAACUGUCUCCUGCCACGUUUAUCACACCACCACCAUCAAGACAGCAAACCAAAGGACAAAGACUGGCCUGCCUGUGGCCCUGUAGUCCAGGUCACGUUCCGUUUUCGGCCCUGGCUGGGCCUCUAAUGAGUAAAUAAAAGGCGGACGCUUCUGUUACUGGACACCGUGGUUCCCAAAGUUCCCAAAAUGAGGGCCGUGUUGGAGACGGCAGACAUUGCCAUCGUGGCCCUGUACUUUGUCCUGGUCCUGUGCAUUGGUUUCUUUGCCAUGUGGAAGUCUAAUAGGAGCACCGUGAGUGGGUACUUCCUGGCGGGGCGCUCCAUGACCUGGGUAGCGAUCGGGGCCUCUCUGUUUGUGAGCAACAUUGGGAGUGAGCACUUCAUUGGGCUGGCGGGAUCUGGAGCUGCCAGCGGAUUUGCAGUCGGUGCCUGGGAAUUCAAUGCCUUACUGCUGUUGCAACUGCUGGGCUGGGUUUUCGUCCCGAUUUACAUCCGGUCGGGGGUGUACACCAUGCCGGAGUACCUGUCCAAGCGUUUCGGUGGCCAUAGGAUUCAGGUCUAUUUCGCAGCCUUGUCUCUGAUCCUCUAUAUCUUCACCAAGCUCUCCGUGGACCUGUACUCCGGCGCCCUCUUCAUCCAGGAGUCUCUGGGCUGGAACCUGUAUGUGUCCGUCAUCCUGCUCAUCGGCAUGACCGCCUUGCUGACCGUCACCGGAGGCCUGGUCGCGGUCAUCUACACAGACACACUGCAGGCGCUGCUCAUGAUCGUUGGCGCGCUCACACUCAUGGUCAUCAGCAUGGUGGAGGUUGGCGGGUUUGAGGAAGUUAAGCGAAGGUACAUGCUGGCCUCACCCAACGUCACUUCCAUCUUGCUGACCUACAACCUUUCCAACACCAAUUCCUGUAAAGUCCAGCCUAAGAAAAACGCCCUGAAAAUGUUGCGGGGUCCGACGGACGAAGACGUGCCUUGGCCUGGAUUCCUCCUCGGGCAGACCCCGGCCUCCGUGUGGUACUGGUGCGCCGACCAGGUCAUCGUGCAGAGGGUGCUGGCCGCCAAGAACAUCGCGCACGCCAAAGGCUCCACGCUGAUGGCCGGCUUCCUCAAGCUGCUGCCCAUGUUCAUCAUCGUGGUCCCCGGCAUGAUUUCCAGGAUACUGUUUGCUGACGACAUAGCUUGCAUCAACCCGGAGCACUGCAUGCAGGUGUGCGGGAGCAGGGCCGGCUGCUCCAACAUCGCGUACCCGCGCCUGGUGAUGAAGCUGGUCCCCGUGGGCCUCCGCGGCCUGAUGAUGGCGGUGAUGAUCGCAGCUCUGAUGAGCGACUUGGACUCCAUCUUUAACAGCGCCAGCACCAUCUUCACCCUGGACGUGUACAAGCUCGUCCGCAAGAACGCCAGCUCCCGGGAGCUGAUGAUCGUGGGCAGGGUCUUCGUGGCUUUCAUGGUGGCCAUCAGCAUCGCCUGGGUGCCCAUCAUCGUGGAGAUGCAAGGCGGCCAAAUGUACCUGUACAUCCAGGAGGUGGCCGAUUACCUGACUCCCCCCGUGGCGGCCCUGUUCCUUCUGGCCAUCUUCUGGAAGCGCUGCAACGAGCAAGGGGCUUUCUACGGCGGAGUGGCUGGCUUUGUCCUCGGGGCGGUGCGCUUAAUCCUGGCCUUCACCUACCGGGCCCCGGAGUGCGACCAGCCCGACAACAGGCCGGGCUUCAUCAAGGACAUUCACUACAUGUACGUGGCCACGGCGCUGUUCUGGGUCACUGGACUCAUUACUGUGAUUGUCAGCCUUCUCACGGCACCUCCCACGAAGGAGCAGAUCCGUACCACCACCUUCUGGUCGAAGAAGAGCGUGGUGGCGGAGGAGAGCUGCUCCCCGAAGGACGAGCCUUACAAAAUGCAGGAGAAGAGCAUCCUGCGGUGCAGUGAGAACAGUGAGCCCAGUGAGCACGUCAUUCCCAACGGGAAGUCGGAAGAUAGCAUUAAGGGCCUUCAGCAGGAAGAUGUCAAUCUCCUGGGGACCUGCAGAGAGGAGGGCCCCCCCGUGGCUUCCUUAGGCCACUCAGAGGCAGAAACCCCAGUGGAUGCUUACUCCAACGGGCAGGCCGCUCUCAUGGGGGAAAAGGAGAGAAAGAAAGAAGCAGAGGAUGCAGGUCGCUGCUGCAAGUUAAUAGAUUGGUUCUGUGGCUUUAAAAGUAAGAGCCUCAGCAAGAGGAGCCUCAGAGACCUGAUGGAGGAGGAGGCCGUCUGUUUACAGAUGUUGGAAGAGCCUCCACAUAUUAAGCUAAUACUGAACAUUGGGCUUUUUGCUGUGUGUUCACUUGGAAUUUUCAUGUUUGUUUAUUUUUCCUUAUGAACUUUUAAGGAUAUGGUGAGACAGUAACUUAAGAAAAUACUGGUCUUUGGGGGGAUAAAAAAACAACUUACGUAACUGUUGCAUCUUUCAGGCAUUGUUUACGCUGUAGGUUUUAGCCAAUUUUUACUUAGCAGAACAUCAUCUAUUUGCAAGACUUUAUUUCUCCAGAGACGGAUGAAAGUAAAUUUUCAACCUAAAUGAAGCAAAGCUUGUUUAAUAGACUGAAUUGUGCAAAUGUGGUUUAAAGUUUUUCAUACCAAAGUAAGACCAAUUAUUCUCACAGAGCAAGUAGAGCAGAUACAAGCCGUCACAAGAAAGUGAACUGACUGCACUGCCAGGUCCUGGUAGGUCUUAACCGGAAGAGGACUUGCUCAUUUCCCAGUUUCUCCUGUCUCUGUAACCCCUACCACCAGUUUUUAAAAAGCUGCACUUGUAGACAUUGUAUAAUCAAUGAUGUACUGGAAAUCUAACCCCUGUGCUAGUGAGGUACUUGUUUCAGGACAAGCCAGUCAGUUGCCAGGUUCAUUUGGUUAGCAGGAGCCUAUGGAUUCUGAUUGCCAGAAGGAAGGAAGAGGAUCUUUCUGUGGCUGUUCUGGUACCACCGGUACUUGCAGUGCUGGGGGAAAGUUUGUUCAGUUUCUUUUCCCCACUUCGAAUUUUAGUGAACCAUACUCAGAGGACCACCACGUUUGUCUGCAAAUGAAGUUCUAUGUCAUUAUUGCAUUUUUAAGUGGUUAUGGGGGAAGAUGAAGUAAACGUUGCUGAUGACCUCCCCAUUCGUUGGCCAAGUUCAGGUGGUUCCUAUUGUUGGGAAUUGUGCAGCCCCUGAGCAGUGUUUGAUCAGCGUGUGCUAAGCAGGCGAUUGCUUGUACUCCACUACUUCUCUAGGUGUGUUCUUGGCAUUCGGUGACAUUCUUUCCUAGCCAGAUGCCUUCCCAAGUAGAUCCAGGUGGAAGUUAUGUUCAGAAACCGGAAGAAAAGUGGACACUGCCUUUGUGCGGGUUGUCCCGCUUGAUCAGAUCACUGAGACUGUCUAGAGGGAAAAUUUAAUUCUGAGAUCAUACUGGAUUCUUGAUAAGUGUUUUUCUUGAUACACCUUUUCAAAAGACUUACCAUCCGUACCCGCCCUAUACAUUUUUGCUUAAAAAGUUAAGUGACUUAGAGCAUAGAAGAUGUUUGAAUGCAAACUGGCCAUGAGGGACAGGACACUCGGUGCAUGCUUUGCCGUAGGUAGUUUAUCAGUAGAGUCCUCACAGGAUGGACAGCAUGUGUGCGUGCUGUGGGCAGGAGCUCCUGGUUUCGUAGCAUGUCUCCCGGAGGGUCACAGGACCUGUGUGAUCACAGACCCUUUCUCUGGACUCGGCCUGGCUCACCGCUGCAGCCUCCGUAGGUGGGACUCGGCCUGGCUCACCGCUGCAGCCCCCGUAGGUGGGACUCGGCCUGGCUCACCGCUGCAACCCCCAUAGGUGGGACUUGGCCUGGCGGGCUGAUGGCCCCCGGGGACAAGGUGAGGGAGGUGUCGGAGGGGCUCUGCAGGCUCUGGGUCUUUGUCUGUCAGCACCGUGCCCGCCCUGCUCCGUGACAGGAAGGACACUGCCCGUGUAUCUUCUUUCUUUGACCUUUCUGUACUCUCUGGCACUUUUUAAAUCGCAUGGUUUUAUUAAGCUUAUAUUUAGGCAAAUUAUUACUUUUUAAGGUACUUUUGUAGGUUUUGAAUCAAAACUCAGUCCUAAUGACAUUAACUAUUUUGUAUUCUGUAAACCAGUUGCAUUAAUGAUGGGCUUGAUUAGUCCAAAGUUGACUUAGAAAUGAUCGGGAAGCUCAGUGUCUUCCCACCACCGGAGGCUUUCUGAUGGACUGAGGCUGUAGCCGAGAAAGUACAGUACUUCUCUGUGAAUAGCAUGGUUGUUGAGAGCUUACAGUGCCUUGUAGAAUUUUUUCUCGAUUUCAUUCCUAAGGUUUAUAAGUUGGGGGCCAAAUAAAUAGGGACCAUCCUCUUCUGGUCUGGAGGCUGAGGCCGUGAUGUCCAAGGUUAUUGCCACCUCCACUGGAAGAACAGACAGCCAGGUGUCCAGCUCUGGACUCGUGGUUUGUUCAUGGCUCGUCCUUUUCUCAAAGGAAGUUCCUCCUCUGAGAUAGCCUUCUGCAUCUGAGAAAUGGUAGGAUCUUGGACUUUUCACAAUGCUGCUCAGUUGAGGAAUUAGCACUUUCUUUGACUCCAUUGCUGGUAGCUCAGCAGCGAGGACCGCCGUACUGGCUGGCAGCCUUCUCACCCUUCGCACUCACAGCAUAAGUGAGUAGGUGGUGUUUGUGUAGACUCCCCCUUUAUUUUAUGUCGAGCCCUCACUUUGGAUUGUCAGGGUUCCCCUGCCUCCUCUGUUGUCUUAGUAUAAUAGUGCAAUGCAUCAUCUGUGUCUCUUCGUGUGUGUGUAGCAGUAGGUCAAGUUUAGAGUAGAAAGCCUGCACAUAGGAAUGACUAUUAGCAUACCGUUAGGGUUGUUUGUUCUUUGCAGUGUAAACACCACUUUGUUUAGACUGAAGGCCCUGCUGCUUCCCAGCAGUAGAUAAGGUGCUUGUUUGAAGGAUGCAGAUUGCUGAGGGCAGCUUCAUUCAGGGGUCAUAUCUCAGUCUAAGUUCAUUAGAAUGUUGUUCAUGGAAUGACACGUGGUCUGUCUUAAGCUAGUGAAAAUGUUCACCCUUCACACUAAAUGAGUCCUAAAUGGUAUUGAUCUCUCUAUAUAGACAUGUAUAUAUUUUUAUAUUGGCUCAAGCUAAGGUUCAGAAUUGACUGUGAGGAAUAGUGACUAAGAUAGUUGCGAGUCAAAAUGAGGAGGGCACCGGUCUUCAAAGGGGAGGAGAGCUAUGCGGCCCCAGGGCUUGAUUUGUCCUUUAGGCCGUCUUAGUCUCAAGGUCUGAUGAGAGAGCUCCUUACUCUGGUUUGCAGAAUAAUGGGACCUCUGAUUCCUCUGGUCACCUGAGAGCGUUUUGUCCUGCCAGCCGAGGUGUAAGCAGCUUUAGAAACGAACACCCAGCCCGUUUCCCGGCUCCUCUUUCCUGUGCGGUCAUCCCGCCGUCUCUACGGAGAGGCAGGAGCUCAGCGCUGUGUCCUGGGUCGGAUCCCAGCUCCCAGCUCCAACACGUCCUGCUCCCUGGCUCCGAGGGCCAUUGUCUGCGCUGAGAGGAGAGGGCCGCUCCGGCGGUGAGCAGGGACCCAGCACCUUGUGGAAAGGCUGGUAACAGCUCUAGCCUGAGGCGGAGGGGAGGGGAAGCUGCAGUGUGUCCUGGCUGUGGGGGCCAGGUCCCCGCUGUUCCAGGCACUCCAUUGCUCCUUCCCUCUUCUGGGUGUGGGGAUCUCCACCCCCACCCCGGAUUAACAUUUGAUGUAGGUGAUGAGUUAGUCUCAUUUUGACCACCCUGCAGAAUGGCUGUAUUACCAGCCAUUGAAAGAGCAGGCCGUCAGUGUUCCCGCUGGGAGUAUCCGCUUACCGCUGUCCUAUCCGUUACUCCUCUCUGCAUCGCCAUCCGAGAUGCGGCGACUGGGAAGGACCACAUGGCACUGGCAGUGACAUCUCACCAUGCCCAGGCUUGGGUUGAGAGGUGUAGCCAGACCAUUCCUGUCAAUCAUGUGACUAGGAGACUUGCCAGGACAGAACCCUCCGGAGGAGUCAGGAGAACCUCAGAGCGGAGCUGAGAAGCACCUGGAGGUGCCGUUCGCAGGGCGGUGAGGACAGACAUGAGCUUCUGAGCGGGUAGGAUCACAGUCCUGAUUCUCAGCAUCUUGACUCUCAGCCAUUUUACCCCUCCCCGUACAGCUUAGGGCCCCAGUAAGUAAGAUGCAGCCUGUUCAGCCCGCUUUGAUGUUAUUUGUUGAAAAUGUGUUUAUUAACAUAGUUGAGGUUAAAAUGACUAACAUUUGAAUGGUUUUAGGCUUCAGUAUUCAUAAGGUUUCUUAUUCGCCAAGUGUUAAUGUUUAAUCAUUUCAGUGUUGAAGACUUGACUAGUAAGGGUCCAUUUCUGUUUGCGAGAAUCCCCAUCCACCCUCCAAAGAGAGACUCACCCACCCUCCAGAGAGACACCCACCCACCCUCCAGAGAGACUGGUCUCCUCCCUGAUUUCUCCUCCUUCAGAUGCUUUAAUUCUUCCCCUAGGCUUGGCCUUUUGUCCUCUUAGUUCAUUUCCAGGAUGAUUGCUAUGGUGUGCAAAAGCGCUGCUCUUAAGUGUGAAAACUUGUAUCCAAGUAAUGAUUCAUUAACUAUAGAUGUGUCUAAAAAUAUCACAUUUCUAUUAGCUUAACCUGUUAAUUCUUAAGAAUGAUUUUCUCAGAGUUCGUGUUCACAAAUAAUAAAGGCCCCAAUUCAGGAUUUUAUUCUCAAAAAAUUAGGGAGACGGCAGUAAUUAAAUUCACGAGACCUUUUGAAAUGACAGCCACAGUGCAGAGAGGAACGGUGUAUUGCUGCCAAAAAGCCUUGCCCUUGCAUUAAUUAAAGUUGGAGUAAGCAGUAGGCAUCUAGAGAAACCCUUUGUACUGGUUAGGUAUGAAGGUGGACUGCACGAGCAGUGAUCUCGGUUCCUGCAUUUGGUUAGACUUGGUUGACUCCGCCCCUUUUCCUCCAUUCAAGUCCCGUCUCUUCGUGGGCGUGCUGCUCGCCGCCUCGCUGUCAGAAGACUGGUGUUCAGCCACCUUUGCUCAUCGCACAGCACUUGCCAGCGGCCCCGGAUAAUUACCAGGCGUGGCCAGCGCUGGGUCCCAUACUCGAUGCACUUACUCGUUUUUACGUGAGCUUCUCCCCCCACAGCCGGGAACAAGGCUUUCCACUGCUCACUGAUUGCUGAAGGCAUGCGGAGGCAUCUGUUUUGGUUCCCAUCUCAAACCCUUCUGAAAGGCAGAUUGCGUUUUCAGUGCUGGGUUAGACAUUCCUUCCAUUCAUGUGGUGCCAGCCUUGACCAUGGGCAGAAGUAAACAGCGUGGUGUGUCUGUCAUUCCUCAGGCCACGAACCUGACUUUUAGGGGAGCCCCAUACUUGGAAGCUGUUGACAUAACCAUGAGCCUCCCUCGGCGAUGACUUUUCCGUUUGUGGUGGUUGCCUGGUCGUGCAGCGUGCUUGAAGACAGAGGCCAGAAUGAAUGACGCGCUGAAGAGCAAGCCCAGACAGGCCCAGAGCUCCCAGCCUCCAGCAGUGGAGCGCAGCGGCUUUGCUCUCCUCAGAAAAGCGCUGUAACUGUUGCCGUGACAUCCCCCUCCCACCCCCAGUUCAGGACAUUUGCAGUCAGGAGCUCUGUAGGUAAGGGGGUACAUAUUUUAGUGACUUUGGCAAUAGCGCAGCUUUCAGUAGAUACCACAGCCUUAUUGGAGACUGACUUCUCGGGAAAUUCACCUCACUGCCCUCGUGCUGUGGAUAAAGCAAUGUUCCUUUUUUGUUAAUGGUCUCUGGACUAACUAGUCUGGAUAAUUUUCCAGUAUAUCAGUGCAGCCUAGACUUCUUUAAGUGGAAUGUUCGUUAAUAGCUGGCUUUUUUGUUGUCAGAGUUGGAAACAAAUUAAACUCGUUGCUGUUACUGAAAUCCCAGAUUGUCACAGGCCGUCAGAGUGCGUCUGUGACUGAAUCCGCUCUGAGCUUUGCAUUGUGACUAGUGCCUUCUGGUUCAGUGCUGAUUGCCAGUUUACACCUUCCCUUUUCCUGACCAAAACUGGUUAGUUUCUCUUUUUAAACUUUGUUAUUUAUAGCUUUAGUGAGGG